UCUCUAUAGUUAUCAUAUCAACAAAUAAGCCGACGAUGGCGAAAACUUACGAUUAUCUGUUUAAACUAUUAUUAAUUGGGGAUUCUGGGGUUGGGAAGACAUGUGUACUCUUUAGAUUUUCAGAAGACGCCUUUAAUUCAACAUUCAUCUCCACUAUAGGUAUUGAUUUCAAGAUUCGAACUAUUGAGUUGGAUGGCAAGAAGAUCAAACUCCAGAUAUGGGACACAGCAGGACAGGAACGUUUCCGGACCAUCACCACAGCUUACUACCGAGGUGCCAUGGGGAUCAUGCUUGUUUAUGACAUCACAAAUGAGAAGAGCUUUGAUAAUAUCAAAAACUGGAUACGGAACAUAGAGGAACAUGCAUCAGCAGAUGUGGAGAAGAUGAUCCUGGGCAACAAGUGUGAUGUAAAUGACAAGAGACAGGUCUCACGAGAAAGAGGAGAGCAACUGGCCAUAGAAUAUGGGAUAAAGUUUAUGGAAACAUCAGCCAAAGCUUCCAUUAAUGUAGAAGAAGCAUUCUUUACUCUUGCUCGGGAUAUUAAAGCAAAAAUGGAGAAGAAAUUGAAGGAAGCAACCAACCCACCUAAGGGAGGCCACACUAUCAAACCUAAUGAACCUCCACGAAAAUCUAUCAGCAGUUGGUUAGCCAAGUGUUCCAUCCUAUGAUCUCAUUUGUGGUGUUUUAUAGUCUCAUUGUGGACAUUCUCUAGCCUGGCCCAUCAAGGCUGAUUGGUGGCCAAGAAAUGUAUGAGUAAGUGUGCUUUUCCUGUGAUUGUUGCAGCUCUAAUGAGGACAAGCUAUAGACUUUCCUGCACUCGGAUGAAAUUUUUCUAAGAUCUAUUAUCAGGCAAGGCAACUGAAUUACAGUUCAUUACUUCUAAUCCAACAGUUGAAGAGCAAACUGUUAUUGGCACAUACUCAGUAAAAUAUAAUGAUAAAUAGUUGUUAGAAAGCAAUGUGAUAAUGCAGUCUGAUUAUUCUUGAGGAGUAUGGAUGGUAUGUUGUAGAUUAUGACCAACGUUUGAGUAAAAUUCCCCGUUCCCACAGUAUCUUUAGCAAGUCAGGCACUUCAUGUGUUGAUAUAUGUUCAUGCUAUGCAUUCUGUGAUUUGUAAAGUUGUCCAUAUAUGUAACCUAGUAACUUUUGUGCUCAUAGAAUUUAACCAACACUUAUUAUUUUCACUUCAAUUUUAAAGUUGUACUGUACCUCAAAAGUUAUGCACACAGCACAAUGUCCAUCCAUGAAGUCAUUAAGUGACUGUGCAUUAACUGAAGUUUGCUCCUAAGAUUCCUUGUAUAGUUAAAGACUUUAACCAGUGAUCAUAUUUUUAUUUUACUUUGAUUUAUUCUCAUUAGGUAUGCUGAUUACUGGUAGUUCUUUAAGAUGUUUGUACAUGGCAAUCAUAUAAACUAGGAUGUAAGGUUCCAAUAAUAUAUUUCUAAAUUUUAUUAAAGAAAAUAAAUGAAUCAACUCAUCACAAAAGUGUCGUUAUGAGUCAUGAUAUAUAUAACGUUGUGAACAUAUUGCUUGGAUAUAAUUAGUUUUUAAUAUCUUAGCAGAAGAGUGUAAUGGGACUUCAACAAUCUUGUGAGCCUGACAAAUACUGAUUUUUUUCAUGCUCUGGUGCACUGCAGCAGUUUUUCUUGGUGCAGGAGUUACAUGUGUGAAGCCCAUUGUCUUAUGCCAAUGCUUUUGCAUUGCACAAUAUACCAAUGAAGUUC